AUGAAGGGAAAAGGAUUGAAAACUAUCUUCUUUCAUAAAUCGUUGUUGAGAUUUGAUCUUGUUGCCUUUUAUGAUAAGCAGAAGACCAUGAGCAGAAAGCAUAGAGAAAAACACCCACAAGUUUAUUGUAAGGUUACAUCAUGGAAGGUUUCCAAGGUUGUAGAUGUUGCAGACACAAUGAACUAUCUUACACUACAGUUGCUAGAAAAUAUUAGAGGACGUUUUUCUCUUUAUCAUAUGCUUUGUCCAAGUGUUGUGUGUUAUCGCCGUUUUUGGCACUGUGGGGCCACCAAAUCCCUCUAUAUAAUAACAGUGUACUCGUACUCUUCAUUAGCACAACCAACUACCCUUUUGAUCUUCUGUCCCAACCUGCAUCUUAGCAGAGCCACUCAGGUUACUACAAUGCCAUUUCUACCUUUGUCUUUCUUCCACAUGGAUCUUCUCUUCUCUCUUCUUUUAUUCUCAAUCGUGAUUCGUUAUAGUACUGCUCAGGGUCCACCUUCCCCUGGCUACUACCCCAGUUCCAAAAUUAGUCCUGUUACCUUUGGUGAGGGAUUUAGAAACCUUUGGGGACCUCAGCAUCAGAAACUAGACCAAGACUCAUUAACAAUCUGGCUUGACACUUACACAGGGAGUGGAUUCAAGUCACUUCGCUCUUACCGAUCUGGAUACUUUGGUGCUGCGAUUAAGCUUCAACCUGGUUAUACUGCAGGAGUCAUAACAUCUUUAUACCUUUCAAACAACCAAGACUACCCCGGAAACCAUGAUGAAAUAGACAUUGAGUUCCUUGGUACCACGCCAGAUAAGCCAUAUAUCUUGCAGACAAAUGUAUACAUUAGAGGAAGUGGAGAUGGGAAUAUCAUAGGGAGAGAGAUGAGGUUUCACCUUUGGUUCGACCCAACAGAAGAUUUUCACAACUAUGCCAUUCUAUGGGAACCCACUGAGAUCAUAUUUUUGGUGGAUGAUGUCCCAAUAAGAAGGUAUCCUAGGAAGAGUGACGCCACUUUCCCCACAAGAGAAAUGUAUGUGUACGGAUCUAUAUGGGAUGCAUCUUCAUGGGCUACAGAGGGUGGAAAAUACAAAGCUGAUUAUAAAUACCAACCCUUCACUGGUCAAUACAAAAACUUCAAACUUCAAGGUUGCACCACAGAAGCCACCACCUCAUGCCAGCCACCAUCACCCUCACCAUCAGGCUAUGGAAGCCUGAGCCCUCAGCAACUUGCUACAAUGCAAUGGGUCCAAAACAACCACUUGGUCUAUGACUAUUGCCAUGAUCCUGGGAGAGACCAUACCCUUACUCCAGAAUGCUAA